AUGGAUGGGCUCGAUAUUUGCUCUAUAGGCCUUCCAGAUUUGAGGCUAAAACUCAGCAUUAUCCCUCAAGAGCCAACUCUGUUUAGAGGAAGUGUUAGAACAAAUCUUGAUCCAUUAGGCCUUUACUCUGAUGAUGAGAUUUGGAAGGCCCUAGAAAAAUGCCAACUUAAGUCAACAAUCAGUGAACUACCAAACUUACUAGAAUCUUUUGAGGAGAACUGGAGCAUGGGGCAGAGGCAACUCUUUUGCCUAGGAAGGGUCCUUUUUAAGAGGAACAAGAUCUUGGUUCUCGACAAGGCGACCGCCUCAAUUGACUCGAACACGGAUGCCAUUUUGCAUAGGAUCAUCGAGGAGGAGUUCUCCGACUGCACAGUGUUAACUGUGGCGCAUCGCAUUCCAACUGUGAUUGAAAGCGACAUGGUGCUGGUCAUGUCUUAUGGCACGCGUUCUUCGCGGAUGAAGUUGGUGGAGUAUGAUGAACCUUCAAGGUUUAUGGAGAUUAAUUCUUCAUUUUCAAAGCUUGUGGCUGAGUAUUGGUCUAGUUGUAAGAAGAAUCACUAG